UGCGGAGGGAGAUGAACCCCGUCAACCAGCCGCAGAACUCAGUAACCUCCUACCUAUUCACCCCCGGAGACUACCUGCACCAUGUCCCCCUCAGCCCCCAGUUUACCCCGCGUGCGGGCCUGUCUCUUUGACAUGGAUGGCCUGCUGAUCGAUUCGGAGGAUAAAUACACCGAUAUCACAAAUGCUAUUCUUCAUGAAUUCGGAAAGCCUUCACUUCCCUGGUCCAUCAAGGCUCAAUUGCAGGGUCGUCCCCAGCCAGAUGCCAGCAGAAUCUUCCACCACUGGGCUCAGCUCCCCAUCUCCCCAGAGGAAUACGGUGUGAAGCAAGCCGCCCUGCAAGAGAAAUACUUUCCUCAAUCCCAGCCUCUCCCUGGUGUCAGAGAUCUGCUCGCUAAACUUCUCUCCACCCAAACCACCGAUCAGCCCGUGCACCUUGCUCUGGCUACAUCUUCCCACAGCAAGAACUUUGUGCUCAAGUCUGGUCACCUCGGAGAUUUGUUCUCUGCAUUCCCCAAGUCCCAACAGGUGCUGGGUGACGAUCCUCGGAUCGGUAAGGGAAGGGGCAAGCCGCUUCCUGACAUCUAUCUCCUUGCGCUGGAGAGUAUCAACUCGAAUCUCCGGGCAAAGGGAGAGACUGAGAUCAAGCCGGAAGAGUGUCUCGUCUUUGAGGACGCGGUGCCUGGUGUUGAGGCGGGUCGGAGGGCCGGUAUGAGGGUCGUUUGGGUCCCGCAUCCGGGUCUGUUGGAGUCGUAUAAGGGACGCGAGGGUGAGGUGCUGGCUGGGCUCACUGGGGAACAUAAAGAAGAGGAGAAGACUGAGCCUGAGAGGGAGGCGGAUGAGAUUGUUUCGGGGCGGUUGAAGAGCGCGGGUAAGACUGGGAAGAUUGACGAUGGGUGGGGAGAGCUAUUGCCUUCCUUGGAGAACUUCCCAUACGAACGCUAUGGAAUAAGUCCUGUGUAAAUUUGGUCUAUUUAGUUAUCGACAAAGAAAUUCUGGCAAUCUGAUGUUGUACAUGCAUGUCAGGUAGAGAAUACACCGCGAUACAUGUGUG